UGCUGAGGGGAGCCAAUCAUCCGUGGAAAGUCAUAGUGUAAAUGGAUGUAUUGUUGUGGGGAGCAUUAAGCGAGACAUGACCUUCACGUUUCACCCCGAGGACCUAAAACGGGACUUGAGUAAAAAACUGUCUCAUCAGCCCUGGUUCCCCUUGGCCAUGGAGGAAGACGUGAAAACCGCCGACACCAGGCCAGCCACCCGAGGCCCGGACCAUGACAGGGAAAACGCCCGCUCCAUCUGUCUCCUUGAGCAGAAGCGAAAAGUGGUCUCCUCCAGCAUCGACGUUCCCCCGGCCAGGAAAUCCUCGGAGGAACUGGACAUGGACAAGGUGACAGCAGCGAUGGUACUCACCAGCCUGUCCACAAGCCCUUUGGUUCGAAGCCCUCCUGUGCGGCCGAAUGAGGGCAUGAGCGGAUCCUGGAAGGAGGGCGGUGCCCCGUCCAGCAGCUGCAGCAGCGGCUACUGGAGCUGGAGCGCCCCCAGCGACCAGUCCAACCCGUCCACACCGUCGCCGCCGCUGUCCACCGACUGCGCCAAGCCCUUCCGCAGCCCCGCACCCGACGACGGCAUCGAUGAAGCCGAGGCCAGCAGCCUGCUCUUCGACGAGCCCAUCCCCAGGAAGAGAAAGAACUCCAUGAAGGUGAUGUUCAAGUGCCUCUGGAAGAACUGCGGGAAGGUGCUGAGCACCGCAGCCGGGAUCCAGAAGCACAUCCGCAGCGUCCACCUCGGGCGUGCUGGGGACUCUGAUUACAGCGAUGGUGAGGAGGACUUCUACUACACGGAGAUCAAGCUCAACACGGACGCAGUGGCAGACGGACUGGGCAGCCUGGCCCCAGCUUCGCCCUCCCAGUCCCUGGCUUCACCUCCCAUCUUCCCCAUCCCGGAUUCAAGCAGAACAGAAAGCCCUGGUGCCAAAACCGAGACUAAACUGAUGACGCCCUUGAGCCGCUCAGCCCCUACCACCCUCUACCUCGUGCACACCGACCACGCUUACCAGGCCACGCCCCCCGUGACCAUCCCAGGAUCGGCCAAGUUCACCCCCAAUGGCAGGAGCUUCAGUGUCUCCUGGCAGUCUCCUCCAGUUACCUUCACAGGCAUUCCAGUGUCACCGACACACCACCACCCUGGGGGCGCAGGAGAGCAGCGGCAGCACAGCCACGCGGUCUUGUCCUCCCCACCCAGGGGGACGGUCGGCCUGAGGAAGCCUCGGGGAGAGGGCAAGAAGUGCCGGAAGGUGUACGGCAUGGAGAACCGGGACCUGUGGUGCACCGCCUGCCGCUGGAAGAAGGCCUGCCAGCGCUUCCUGGACUGAGGGGCUCGGCCACUGGGCUCAGCCACCAGGUCGCAGCCCCCGGGUCAUGGCCACCAGGUCGCGGCCACCCGGACUGUGGUGCACAGCCUGCCACUGGAAGGCCUGCCAGCACUUCCUGGACUGAGGGGUGCAGCUAUGGCCACUGGGCCUCCCGCCCUCACCGCCAUGGCAGCUUUGGGAAAGCGCUCUUCCUUC